UGAAGGAAUAUUUCAUUUCAUUUCCUCUAUGCAAUAUCAGUUUGACCACAAAAAUUGAAAGCCAUUGAUUCAAAUAUCUAUCCAAUAUCUAUCCAUCAAUACAAUGUCUUCCAAGAACUAUCCCCCAACCGUCAUCUCGACGGACCAGACCCCUGAAGAAGAGCGCAACAUGACUAUAGUCAAGGAUUACAUGUCCAUCGCAUACUCGCCAAAGGAGAAUAAAGGAGCAGAAUCGGUUCGACAUCUUUGCGCUCCUGAUAGCUGGUUCUGGAGCCCUUCCACUUUCCCAGGAUGUUCGACGCCAAUGGACUAUGCCGAGUCUCAUGCCCAUGUGAUGCAAUCCGUCAGCGACUUGCAUAUAAUCAGAUAUGAUCAGGCUUGGGCCAAGAAUAAUCAUGUCUUACUCCGUUAUAGCGCUGAAGGCUCGCAUUGCGGGAAGCCAUAUAAAGGCAUUGAGAAAUCAGAUCCGCCCAAGAAGGCAAAGUGGAGUGCUGCGGCGAUUUUCGAAGUGGAAAACGGGAAGAUCAAGAGCUUUACGAAGGAUUGGGAUCAGAAGGUGAUGCAGAUCCAGCUCGGUUGGGCACCUGUAAAGGAGAGUGAUGAUCCACGAUGGAAUCGAGAAAUGUUGGCGAAUCCUGAGAUAGCGCAAAAAGUGAAAAAGUGAAGUAGAGACAUCGACUCGUGGACUACGGAUUCAUGAAUCAUGGGGAAUGAUGUUAUUCAGACAAUCUAGGUCCAUUAUGAAUUGGUUCCAACACCUGUAUUUCGCUUCUUUCUGAUAUUUUCUACAAGGCCGCUUUCGGUGAUUAAAGAACAAGAAGCCAAAGAUAAAGAAUCGACCAUUCAUGCAUACCAGUAUCUGAUUCUAAGAAUGGAUAAUAUGAUUCCUUUAAUUGAUAUACUCGU